UCCAACUCGGGUGAAGCAGACACCAGAAUCCAUGACCGCUAUGACUUUGGUGUCGAAUUAUCUGGUGGCUGUUCCUUCUCCUGUCUGAUAUUGCUUGAAGGCAGGGUCUCUCGCCUGACAUUGCUCUCAUCUGCGCUCUUUAUCCUGGUUGCGCGCUCCCAUCUCAAUAUCAUCUGCUGACGACGUGUUCUGGUUCCAAGUCGUGGAUAUCUUGCCAUCCAGUAUUGACUGCAAGUGUUCAUCCUGUUGUCGCAAAUAUAUCCAUCGCACCAUUCGUUCAUUAGCGAGUCGCUUUGACCUUACGCACGAGCCGAUCGAGAUCCCCAAACAUCUUCAACCAACCUCUGGCGCGCAGCAAGACACAUCCGAUCAGUCGCGUUAACCGCAUCCCCUCACCCCGCCUGUCGAAACGAAAUUUUGUAUUAUACUUUCGGGAAUCACAAGCUUGCGACAUGUUCUUUCUCAAAGAGGAGAUCAAGGUUAUCACCUUGCACCCGUCCUACUUUGGACCCAAUAUGCGCGAAUACCUCAUCAACCGGUUAAACGAGGAAGAAGAAGGACGUUGUACGGGUGACCAUUUCGUGAUUUGUGUGAUGGACAUGGUAGACAUUGGCGAAGGACGGGUACUUCCAGGAAGUGGGCAAGCAGAAUAUACCAUCAAGUACCGGGCAAUUAUAUGGAAGCCCUUCCGCGGAGAGACCGUCGACGCGAUUGUGACAUCUGUCAAGCCUACUGGAAUCUUUACUUUGGCCGGCCCAUUGUCUGUUUUCAUUGCACGGAAAAACAUUCCUUCCGAUAUCAAGUGGGAACCCAACACAGUACCACCCCAGUAUACGGACCAUGCAGAUCAAGUCAUCGAGAAGGGCACCAGUCUACGGCUAAAGAUCCUUGGUGUGAAGCCUGAUGUUGCGGCUAUCAACGCCAUUGGAACCAUUAAGGAAGAUUAUCUAGGACCAUUGUAAUGCGAUUGCGAUGAGCCACCAAACUCCACCAUUUACCCUAAUGACUGAUACCGCUUGACCGAUAGGAUCGUCGACACCUUUCCCUACUACUUACUAUCUUCAUAUAGAGACGACCAUGUUGAAUGGUAUCUGCUUCGUAAGGAGAUGCGCUCAUGGGGGAGAAUGAUGAGAGCGCGCCCAAAGCAGAGUCUGGGGCCUGGAUAUCAUCAAAAGACAUGAUAUCGUGCCUUUUUGCAGCGGCCCGCGCAGGCGAACGGGGCUGUCUGCUUUCGGCUACACUAGGAUCUGUAUCAACCAGAGAAACUAUGACAGGGAGGAGUGGGCAUUUCCUAAGACCCAUGGCAGCCAAAAAGGAAAGUAUAUGUAUUUCUAAGGCGGGAAAAUGCGAAAACGGAUUGCAGGACAAAAGGCGGAAAAUAGAAUAAUAAACCAAUACAUACAGU